AUGUUUCUCCAUUCGGGCGCCAGCCUGCAUGGGCACGAAUACUCCAAGAAACCCACAAACGCCCCUCAACCAGCAAGAAGACGGAUCUUGCUUCGAUCGUCAUUAGGAGCUUCGGCUCUGCCUCGCUCUUCGACUUCUACCGACGAGUCCUCCGAUAUCCUCUCGCCGCGGGUCAAUCGUCGCCUUUCUCUUCAAGCUCCUUCACCGGCACCACGACCGAGCGUCCGUCGAAAUCGACCUGUGUCGGAGCUUCUUCCGCGGAAGGAUCUCUCCGUUCGCUUCGAGGAGGAGCCUACCGUCGUCGCUGAUGAAUCGACACUCAGCAUCGACGGCGUCAGUGAAGAUGAAGGUAGCUUGGUAUCAGAGAUCAGCGACAGCAGCACAGUAAAGCGAUCGAAGAGGUCGAGACGAGCUGCGAGACAAGGCACCAAUUUCCUUCUGGCAUACCCUCCACCGAAGCUUCGCACAAAGCAGCGUCGCUUUGUCCAGAUACGGCCACGACUUCUGCUACAACUUCAACAACUCUCCAACGGCAAGCGACCGAUGCCCGCCAUUGACGUGCUUCCUGCAAGCAUGGUUGCUGGCACAGUCAUCUUCCCCCGUCUUGCGCGACAGUUUCCCAAGAUGUUCCGGGUAAAGGGCCAGCUGGGCAUGAACGGCCUCAUUCUGGCAAGGAGCGAGGACUAUAACACGCCAGGGGACGACUCGGAUGGCGACGAAAAGGAUCUUGACAAGCGCGACCUCGUCGCUGUCAUCACACCACUCAAGGAGCGCAGGGAAGGCGAGCGGAGGGAAUCCGCCGACCAGGCUGAGAUUGUGCUCAGCGAUGGUUCUGUGUGGACUGCCAUUCCUACCAGCAACGGCUCUUACGACUUCGUGCACGUUGACGAGGCCGGUCGAACCGUCACAGCAAGGUGGGCAAAGAGACCCGCGAGGCCGCUUUCCACUGCGACCUGCACAGCAGCGGCGACGCCUACCGCGCCGACAGACUACAAGUUUACUUUCAGCAUUCUUGACCCCGAGUUGCGAAGGCAUCCCGUCAUGGCGACGCUGACACCCGCCAACCUCGAAAUUCUCGACAGCUAUACGACUGUCACGCAAUCAGCUGGUCGCUAUCCCCCGACCCGCCCCUUUAGCACAGACAUGAGUGGCGACAACGAGCCGUCACAAUCGCCGCAGUCCGUUCUCUCCAGCACGGAGCGAGAGACACAUCCCAUCGACGAUGCGACGAGGGUUCUCAUCACCGUCACCUCGGUCUGGGUGUCGCUCCGUCACGGACAAGGCUGGGCCGCUUCGACCACGUCACCAGCCGCUUGCACGACCCGACCCGCCCAUUCUCGCACGAUGAGCAACGCUAGUGACCGUGCGCGAGUAUCAACCUUUCCCGUCUCGUCCACUGAGUUAAGGGAGUUGAACCGACCGCCUCUGGCGCAGAAGCAAGUUAUGGCCCAGUUGGCGCCGGUGAUGCCGAAGAGGACGUUCUCAUCGGGAGCGGCUUUCAUGCAUCGUCGACAGACCAAGCUGGGAGGGGAGCAAGUCACCGCCGACAACGCGGCUGAGACCGACGACCUCGACGGCGUCAAGGAAAACAUUGAACCUAUCAUUAUGAAACGGAGUUUUGUCAGGAAGAUUCGCGACUGGGGACAUCGCAUCAGUCAACGCAAGGCGGUUAUGGCAUAA